GCGUCGCGCUGUUCGUUGCGGUGGUGUGAAGUUGAAGUGCAUGCGUUGGAUGUUUAUGAGGUGGGUUUGAGGUUUUGGUGGCUUCUAAGUGAAGCGGAUGCCGAAGUUUAGAUUCUCUCCCGAAGUUUUGACAAAGGCGGGAUAUGUUGUAGGGGUUUUUAUAGUUUGGUAUAUACCUGUACCUGGGUGGAUGAAUUUUGAAGGUUGUGUUGUGUUUGCAACGAAGACGAAAACUUGCUCCAAUUUAGUAUCUGUUAGAAGAAUGCAUCGCGAAGAUAUUUGACGACGUCCUCUCCUCUGAACAGCCGUAGCAAAGAUCCGUGGUGAAUGCGUGCACAUGAUUGACGUUAUGCCUGGUGCAGAAGAGCAUACGUGAUGACACGAGACUGUACUGUGCGCAACCCUGUACGGAUAAUUUCGCAAGUGAAACGAACAUGAGAAUCGUACAAGCGGAUUGUUGACAAUUUUUGAAGCAGUGUGUUGUUAACCUCAAUAUUUCAUAGCAGGCGUAGGUCCGAAUUUGGAGGGGGUGCAUAACAAUUCGGGCUCCUAUGUACAUGUUUGCAGCAUUUGCUAUGAAAGCUUCAGAAUGUGGGCAUAGUUAUGGUGAUUUAAUAGGAGGGAUUGUGUUAAGAAUUUGUAGUACUCCCGUGGGACCACAAACAGGUGGUGUUCACUAGUUUUUGUUUUUCCCUUUUUGUCUUUGUUUGCUUGUUUCAUUUUUUUUCUUGACUUGUUUUUUGAAAGCCACACUAUGAUUCUUUUUUCAGAAUUGUUACCCGGAACGACAAAACCGAUCUUGAUUCUAGGCAGGAGCUAGUAUACUGCAAGGGGAUGCACAAAUGAGAAAAGAGAUGCCUGCAGCAAUAUUUUGGAUUAUAGGAAUUCUGUCUGAUUUCAUCUUUCUUAGUUUUAGGUUUGCUACCGACACUUGGCAUUUUUCAUAAUUUUAUGGUUAUCUCGCGCUAUUAAAAGUGCCGCACAGUUUGGGUGUGAUUAAACUUGGCGAGCCACUUGCCAGGGCCGAGUUGUCUACGAGAGCCUCCCAGGAACACCUAACAUAGAACAUCUUACAUAUUGCAUGGCACAUGUCUAUCUGUCAUGCAGUAUGGCAUAUUUUAGUGACGGCUAGUGGCAAGUGGCAACUUGGUUUUACAAGAACGAUGAGAUUGAGACAUCCGAGAUAUGCUAGGAUUAUGUUCUACUUGUGAUGGAUCCGAUGGUGCUUUGCAAACGCUAACUUAGUCUUUGUGUCACUGUUUCACGCACAGAGAGUGCAAUGGUGGUGGAAUUGGUCAUCUCUUGUUUGCCAAUAGUUGGUGCUUGGCAAUGCAGGUGGCAGUGGAAUCUUAUUGAUAGCUGGGUACGAAGUCCUCAAAGGGUAUCGAUGAUACAUGAUAGCGGUGGACACGGUCUGUAUGUGGGUGGCAUCGAUGACACAACAGGGUGUAGACAUCCACAGCCACAGCGUCAGGGAGCUCAUUCGAUGAUAGACUUUUUCAUGAGGAGGCGGAGAGGUAGCACAUCCAACAACAAGAGGAGAGCGGAGGGCGCCGCUGUGAAAGUUUGUUUUGGGUUUUUUUUUCUUUUGUCGGCACAAGAUUAGAGGAGACGAGCAGAUCAGGAGAUUGAGCAGGUGGUAGGCAAGGACUAGGCAGUGGCUCGGGAAUUUUUGGAGGUGUAGGUAGGAGCUGUAGUAGUGGGUCUUGUGUCGUUGGGAAGCUCCGACACAUGAUUCUAGUAGUGGUACGGACAUUCUGGGUAGAUCGACAUUGAAUGCAUACAUUGCAGAAGUUGAAUAUUGUGAUUCGAAUGUCAAGAAUUGCUGUGCGAGCUUUCUGCCUUGUGCUGUUGUGAACGUUGCUAGUUGUUGUCAAGAGCUUGGAUAGAAUGAUAGAAUAAUAUACGAGUGUCUGAUACAGAUAGAAUUUGCCAUCUAUUGUGAGUGGGUUCAUUGUCGGAGGGCGUUGGAUAUUGUUCGAUCAAUUUGUUAGUUCUAGUGAAUUUGGGGGUGGAAUUUCUGAAGGUAGGAGUCGCUUGAUGUUAGCUUCCAGGAAAGAUUAGGAUCAUGAAAGUAGGAACUAAGAAGAAUUUGUGGCAACGAAUUUAAUUAACGACUGUUGCAAGGCUUGGGGAGUUUGGAUCACAUAAUUUAGGAGGAGCAAUUGUGAGAACUCAAUUGUUGGAUUGUCGUGAAUGUAUUGUGUUGCUGAAGCUACAUGAAUAGUGGUUCCAACAAGCUAAACGUCGUGGAGAUAGGAGUGUUGGAGCCGUGAAGGUGAAGGGAGGCCCUCGAGCAAACAGGUUGUAUGUAGAUUGUGAGCGUUAAAUAAGUGGAGCAUUGAAGUGAAGAAAAGAGAAAGAAAAAUUGGAUUUAUGAGUUUUUAGGAGUGAGUUGGUUGAAUUUUAGAAUAUUUGUGAGCAAGUCAACAUGGCAUAUCUUUUGGAAGUUGAUGAAAUAUUUUUUGGGAAUAAUGUCCUUAUUAUGUAUAUGGAAAGAAAGAUAUCUAACUAGUAUGAAACAAUCUAAUGAUUGUUUCAAAGAUAUUAGCACAAUAUCAAACAUAGAAGGUAUUGGUGGAGAUGUUUGGGGAGAAUGUCAAGCCUAUAUUGUAGCAUUGAAGGUCUUGUUGAAGAAAGAAGACAUAUUGAACAAAAACCAACGUAAAAUUUUAUGCAAUAAGAUUGAACAUGUUAUGAAGGUGUAUGACUACUUUAUGACUUGCAACAAUGAUGGAUUGAAGUAUGGAGAAUUAUUGAGGGAGUUAUUGAUUGUAAUGAAUAAAGCUUAUUUAUUGGUGAAAAAUUGUGGAAAAAAGAAAUGGUGUAAAGCAGCAAUGAUUCAAUUGAAGAACAAAGAGACCUUUAGAGAAUUACUUUUGGACUAAAAGUAUUGUUAUGAAGAAGCAACUAAUGUGUUUAUGAAGGAUUUUGGUAAAAUAUUUGAAGACAAAGUAUUUGGGAAUUUUGAUGUUGCAAAUAAUAAUGAAAUAGAAGAUGAUGAAAGAUGUUUAUAUGAAAAGUUGAUUCUUUCAAAUAAGAAAGAAAAUUUUGAAUUGGUAAAGUAUCUAUUACAAAGAUUGAAAGACUUACAUUGCAUAGAAAGUGGAGAAGUGGAUGAUUUGAAAUUAUCAUCAAAUAUGAAAAGUGUUGAUUUCAUAAAACUCAUAGGUAAAGGAUCCUAUGGAUUAGUGCAUAAAUCAAAGUGGUUUGGACUUUUGUGUACAACCAAAAAGAUGGGAAGUAUGCAUGCAAAAUCUCAUUAAAGAAGCAAGCAUCCUAGCACGUUUAAGCCAUUCUAACUUGAUAUCAUAUUAUUUUGCAACGAAAAGUAUUAGAGGUGAAAAUAGUGGAUGUUCUUUAUCUAAAAUGAAAAAUAAUCAUGUAUAUUUGGGGAUGGAAUUGAUGCAAAGAAGUCUAAGGGAUAUAUUAAAAACAAAUGGAGAGGCAUCUUACACAUAUUUGAUUGAUAUCAUGUAUCAAAUUGCAAGAGGGAUGUAUUAUUUGCAUGACAUGCACAUUGCACAUCGUGAUUUAAAGCAUGAAAAUAUUUUGGUGAAUAUUGUGGAAAAGAAAGUGAUGAAUAAGAUUGUGCAAUAUGCUAUUGUGAAAGUGAUUGAUUUUAGAAUAUAUAAGAUUGAAGUUGGUAGCAAUCCAAAAUCAAUUGAGAAUAAUAAUAUUUAUGGUAGCACGACUUACAUGGCUCUAGAGGUAUUGAAGAAUAAAUAUGAAAGAAUGACAAUGUGCUCUUUUGAUGCAGAUGUGUUUUCAUUUGCAAUGGUGUGUUAUAAGAUUCUUUUGAAAAGAGAUCGAUUUGAUAACUGUAAGAGAGAUGAGAUAUUGGAAAGAAUAGAAAGAGGUGAAAGACCAUAAUUACCUUCAAAUUGUGAUGAAUUGACAGAGCUUAUUGAAGAAUGUUGGAACUUAAAUCCAUCAAAUCAACCUUAGUUUGCAAAAAUUUGUGAAAGAUUGAGAGUAUUGAAGAAAAAAAUUAUGGGUGGAGAUUUUGUGGCUAUAACACCAUAUUAUGGUGCUUCAAUGAACAAAAGUCAUGAAAAUAUAGAAUUACAACAAACUUCCAACAAAGUGCUUGUUUCAAACCCAAUUCUAUUAAAUGAGGUUGACAUAGGUGAAGAAGUGCUUGGUAGAAAGCAAUGCUUAUUGCAAAUAUCAAGCUUGUGUGUAAGUAAAGUGAAGGCAUUGUAUCUUGUUGGAAUGGGUGGAAUAGACAAGACAAUAAUAGCAAAGGCAGCAUUGAAUGAUGUGAAGCACAUGUAUGAUGCUUCAUGCUUUAUUGAGUGUGAUGAAAUUAAUAAUGAUUGUUAUAAAAUUGCUUGCCAAAUCUUAGAACAAUUGAAAGUUGAAACAAAACCAAAGGACUUGAAUGAAGCACAAGAAAAGUUGAAAUCAUUUGUGAUUAAAAAGAAAGUCAUCAUAGUACUUGAUAAUUUGAAAAAUCAAAGUCAAAUUGAAGAUGUUGUGGCUAUGGAUGAUUUAUUUGCUAUGAAUGGCAAUACAUUAAUUGUGACAACUCGAGAUUGGAAAGUUUUGGAAUAUUGUGGUAAUAAAUUUUGUAAAGUAAAUGUUGAAGAACUUGAUGAAAAAACAAGUUGGAGAUUAUUUAUCACUCAUUCUUGUGGAUCCCAAGACAAGUUGCUUGAUGAACUUGUUGAAGUUAGCAAAAAGAUUAUAAAAGUGUGCAAUGGCCUACCAUUGAGCUUUAAAGUUAUAGGUGCAUAUUUAAAAGAGAAGAAGAGGUUGAGAUAUUGGGAGCGAGCUUUUCAAAGGUUGAAGAGGGAAAGAGAGUUGGAUGGAGAUGAAAAGAAUAGUCACUACAAGCUUUGGAAUAUAUUAAGAAUAAGUUUUGAUAACUUGAGAGUUGAAGAAAAGAAAAUAUUUUUAGAGAUAUGUUGUUUUUUUAGUAAUGAUGUGUAUUUACAAGGCAUGUUGAAAGAAAGAGCAUUGCCAAUAUGGUUCAACAUAGAAGAAAAAAGAAUGGAAGAUGUGGAAUAUUCAUUAAAUAGAUUGGUUAAUCAAUCAUCGAUAAAGAUAGAUAAAGAUGGAAUUAUAAAAGUACAUAAUGUCAUGAUGUAAUACGACUAUACAAUAAAAUUAUAAUUAAAAUUGAA